UUAGAAAAUGUCAUUGUUGUCUGUUGUCUAUGUCGUCCUGUCAGUAAAGCAAACACGGAGAGUGGAAUAGAUGUGGAGUUUAAUAAAUAUGGUAUCUCCAUUUGUAAUUCACUUAACUUGUGGCCUUUAGAUGCAGUAUAGUAUAGUGACAAUAAGCGAAUUGGCAAAAAUAUCACUGUUUGAAUCACCGGGUAAAUAGAAGGCAUCUUAUACAAUGCAGGGUGACGACCCACCUUUCUUGCCUGUGGGGACAGAUGUGAGUGCAAAGUAUAAAGGUGCCUUCUGUGAGGCUAAGAUAAAGAAAGUUGUAAGGAACAUUAAGUGCAAGGUGACUUUAAAAGCCGGUGGUGGUACUAUCACAGUGAAUGAUGACGUGAUCAAGGGUAACCUGAGGGUUGGGAGUAUAGUGGAAGUGAAGCAGGAUCCAAAGAAAGAUGCUAUGGAAGCUGUCAUCACAAAGAUACAAGAUUGUAGCCAGUAUACAGUUGUAUUUGACGACGGGGACAUAACCACGUUGCGGCGGUCGGCGUUGUGUCUGAAGAGUGGGCGGCAUUUCAACGAGAGUGAAACCUUAGACCAGCUUCCACUGACACAUCCAGAGCACUUCUCUACUCCAGUCAUAGCUGGGCGGAGAGGGAGGCGCGGGAGAGCACAGUCCGAGGAGAGUGAAGGAUCUGGUUCUGGUCGUCGCGUGAAGGCGGACGUAGAGCCGCACGUGGGUCGCGUGGUGCUGGUGGAGGCGGGCGGCGGGGCGGAGCGCCGGCGGCCCCACCAGCCUGCCUUCCCCGCCCUCGUCGUCGCGCCCACCGCACAGAUCAAAGUCAAAGAGGACUAUCUUGUGCGCUCCUUCAAAGAUGGCAGAUAUUACACAGUACCUAAGAAGGAAGCGCGUGAGUUCCGUAAGGGCAGUGCUCCACUGGAGUGGGCCGGUGUGGACGCGGCGUUACAGUACCUGAAUAACGCAGUACUGCCCCCACACUGGGACAGAGACGCACUCUUCAAUGAACCGAGAAACACUUCUGAUGACAGUUCAGACGAUGAACCACGUGAAGAGAAGGACCACUUCGUAGCACAGCUGUACAAGUUCAUGGACGAGCGCGGCACUCCCCUCAACAGGAACCCGACUAUCGCCAACAAGGAUAUUGACCUGUAUAGACUGUUCAAAGUAGUCGAAAAGUUAGGUGGUUACAAUAGAGUAACUAAUCAAAACCAAUGGAAAACAAUCGCAGAUAAGAUGGGCUUCCACCCAGUCACCACCAGCAUCACGAACCUUUGCAAACAAGCUUAUAAGAAGUAA